CGCGCGGCGGGAGCGCGCGUGCGAGGAGGCGCGGCACCGGCCUGGGACAGCGCGAGGCCCGGGGACGGGGACGUGGCAGCGCCCGGCACUCCUGAAAGUUCCCUGGAAGCUCCGCUCGACGCGGCGCGGGAAGCGGCGGGCGGAACCAUGAACGUGUUCCGAAUCCUCGGGGACCUGAGCCACCUCCUAGCCAUGUUCUUGCUCCUGGCCAAGAUCUGGCGGUCCAAGAGCUGCGCGGGCAUCUCUGGGAAGAGCCAGAUUCUUUUCGCUCUGGUCUUCACCACCAGGUACCUGGACCUCUUCUCUAAUUUCAUCUCCAUCUACAACACAGUGAUGAAGGUUAUUUUCCUCCUCUGUGCCUAUGUCACUGUGUACAUGAUCUACUGCAAGUUCCGGAAAACUUUUGACAUUGAGAAUGACACAUUCCGGCUGGAGUUUCUUUUGGUCCCAGUGAUCGGCCUUUCUUUUCUGGUGAACUACAGUUAUGCACCAAUGGAGGUACUCUGGACCUUCUCCAUCUAUUUGGAGUCAGUGGCCAUCCUGCCACAGCUCUUCAUGAUCAGCAAGACCGGAGAGGCAGAGACCAUCACCACUCACUACCUGUUCUUCCUGGGGCUGUAUCGGGCACUCUAUCUAGCCAACUGGAUCUGGCGGUAUCAGACAGAGAAUUUCUAUGAUCAGAUUUCAGUGGUAUCUGGAGUAGUACAAACCAUUUUCUACUGUGAUUUCUUCUACUUGUAUGUGACCAAAGUCCUUAAAGGAAAGAAGUUAAGCCUACCAAUGCCAGUCUAAAGAGAUGGACCACACUAUAAGGCAGUCAAAGCAAACCAUUUCUCCUUGGUGACUUGAUGUCAAGUGAUUGGUGUGAAUUUGAGCAAAGCGCUGGCAGGACUCCCUUAUGGAUGCAAUGGAAUAAACCUGGUCCAGCUGCCCAAGUGUGGGGUCUUACAAUGGCAAGUGGAAAUUAAGGAGCAGCAAGAUACCAUCUCCGGGGAGAGAAAAGGAGAGGGCCCUGGAACUGACUUGUGAAGCAACCUUGUUUCUUAUCUAAAUUUUAAAAAAAGAAUAAAAAAAUCAUUAUUUGAUUAAAAAAAAUAAUGUUGAAACUGUAAAAAAAAAAAAAAGAUACCAUCUCCACCAACGACCAAUCAUUGCUCCUUUUACUACAGUGGGACAAGGCUCAUGCCAAGAAAUGGGCCAGAUCCAUUUGCAAAGACCCUCCCUAGUCAGAGUGGAACUGAAGACACCAGAGGUGUGUUGCCACACUGCAUCGAAGAUGACAGCAAUCCAAGUCAGCAGCUCUGCCAAAUGCUUAGGCCUCACCUCAGUUCCCAGCCUAGGUGGAUACCGUGGCCAUCUUAACUGCUGAUUCAGAUUCUUGUGCCAUCAUCAGCCCCAUCCUCCCCUCCCAGUUUGAGGUGCUAACUAGGUCAUUCAACCUCUCAAUAUUUGUUGUUGGAACAAAAUGCUAAGAUUAUAUUCAAUGUAAUAAAAAUUCACACCUUUA